ACCCUUCUGAGAAACUAGGGUUUUGAACUUUGAGAAUUUCAUUAUUAGAGGAAGAAAAGAGAAACUAGGGUGUAAUCUAAGAAUCAUGGAAAAUCCUACAUCGUUUUUGUUCUCCGGUCUUCAUUUCAAUCGAAAGAAAUUCGCUGAUGAUUUUGCUAGAUUCAGUGGUAAAUCUAAUGAGACGGUGGCCGAAAAGGAAGAAGAAGUAGAACCAGAACCAGAACCCAAACCAGAAACAGUGGUUGUUUCUGGUGGAAAGAAAAGGAAACGAAAGGGAAAGACUGAAGUAAAUGUUGAAGGUUUUAGUGUUUUCAAAACAUCUGAUUCUGUUGUUGAUGCUGAUGAGAAAAAGAAGAAGAAGAAGAUACAAGAUGUUAUCACUGAAGAGAAAAAGGAAAUCAAUAGGCAAAUUGAGCGUGAUGCAUUGUUUCGUAAGAAGCAUGGGAUUCAUAUUUCUGGGCAUAAUGUUCCUUCGCCACUUCAGAGUUUCAAAGAAUUGAGCUCGAGGUAUAACUGUGAACCGUAUUUGUUACACAAUUUAGAAGAACUUGGGUUUAAAGAGCCAACACCAAUCCAAAGGCAGGCUAUUCCAGUCCUCCUAUCUGGUCGAGAGUGCUUUGCUUGUGCUGCUACAGGAUCUGGCAAGACCCUGGCUUUCCUAUUGCCUAUGCUUGUGAAACUUGAGCCUGGAUCAGUGGAUGGAGUGCAAGCUGUAAUUAUUUGCCCAACGCGAGAAUUAGCUGCUCAGACAACCAGAGAGUGCAGGAAGUUGGCUAAAGGAAAGGGAUUUUAUGUUAAGUUGAUGACCAGAGAACUUGUGACAAAUGGUGACUUUAAAAAAAUGCAUUGCGACAUUCUUGUAUCUACACCUCGUCGCUUACAGUUUGCUAUCCGGAAAAGAAAGCUUAAUCUAAGCAGAGUAGCGUACCUUGUCCUGGAUGAGUCUGACAAGCUAUUCGAGCUUGGAUUUGUUAAGCAAAUUGAUUUGGUGGUCAAAGAAUGCUCAAAUCCUUCCAUAAUACGAUCAUUAUUCAGUGCCACUUUACCUGAUUCUGUGGAAGACCUAGCCCGAUCGAUCAUGCACGAUGCAGUUCGAGUUAUUGUUGGAAGGAAGAAUUCUGCAUCAGAAUUGAUUAAACAGAAACUUGUUUUCACUGGAUCUGAAGAAGGGAAGUUGCUCGCUAUUCGGCAAAGUUUCGCGGAGAGUUUGAACCCACCUGUACUAGUGUUUGUCCAAAGCAAGGAACGGGCGAAGGAGCUUUAUAGGGAGCUAGCAUUUGAUAAUAUUAGGGUUGAUUGUAUACAUGCAGAUCUGACCCAAACAGAGCGAGACGAUGCAGUAGAUAACUUCAGAGCCGGAAAAACAUGGGUUUUAAUUGCUACUGAUGUUAUUUCUCGUGGUAUGGACUUCAAGGGCGUCAAUUGUGUCAUUAAUUAUGAUUUUCCUGAAACUGCUUCAGGAUAUAUACAUCGGAUAGGUCGGACUGGCAGAGCUGGACGGGCUGGAGAAGCUAUUACUUUAUUCACAGAGGCUGAUAUACCAUUUUUGCGAAAUAUAGCAAAUGUGAUGGCAGCCUCAGGUUGUGAGGUUCCCCCGUGGAUUAUGAACUUAGACAAGCUGAGGAGGAGGAAACAUCGUCCUAGAAGAGAAUCUAUUUCAACCAAGCCGAAAGACGAAGAAAAAGAAGAGAAAGAAAAAGAGAGAGAGGAAUUGCUGAAACGCAAGAAGAAACCUCGUUCGAGUAAAAAGUCGAUUAGAGCUAAAGGGAAAGGCAAAGCCGAAGGAGAGAAAGAAGAAGAAGGCUCGCCUAAGCGCAUCAAGAAACCUCGUCCAACUAAGAAGUCUAUUUCAGCCAAGCCAAAAGACGAAGGACUAGCAGAAGCUUCUGACAAACCGAAAAAGAAGAAGAAACAGCUUCCAAGUAGCGGUCCUAUUAAGUCAAAAGUCAUCAAAGAAAAAGCCUCCCCCAAGCUUACGAGCAAGAAACGCAGGCUGACCGAAGACUCACCUCAACAAAGCCGAAAAUCGAAGAAGGUGAGAGAUAAUAAAUAGGCUUGCCCAAGCUCAGAAAAAGAAGCAGAUGUUUGCAACUAACUUGCAUAUUCUUUGAAAUUGAUUUGUUCAAGUUUUAUGAUAUCUUUUCUCAGACUUUGUUUUGUGUUUCUUCUUAUUUAUUAGAUAGACAUGUUUUAGAGAUUUCUUUGCUGUUGAUUUUUUUAAUAUGUUCUGCGACCUGCAUUGUAGUUUUCCUCAAUAAACAAAAAUACUGUAUAUCUUAUCGAACUUAAA